UGAAAAAGCAGCAGCAGCCCCGGCAGAGGCAUGGCGGCCGCGGGGAUGAAGAGAAAGCAGCAGAGGCAGCGCGGAGCUUCUGCUUCGGGCUCAACGGCGGGGGGCGCAGCACGCAAGAAGCGCAAGCUCCCUGUUGCCGAGGAGAAAGCGUGGCAGAAAGCUGGCUCUAAGUUGAAUGAGGAGAUUUCCAGCGAUUCUGAACCAGACAUCCCAGCAAGGAAAAAGAACAAUGAAGCAGCAGAUGAAAUUGAGGAGACAGCACAAGAAAAGAAACUAAGAUUAGCAAAGUUAUAUCUGGAGCAGCUUCGACAGCAAGAAGAGGAAAAAGCUGAAGAAGAGGCCUUUGAGAAGGAUCUGGUUGCUGGCCGGCUGAAGGAAGAUGUGCUCGAACAGAAAGGAAAAUUGCAGCGACAAAUUGCCAAAAUCUUGCAGCCUCCAGACGCGUCUGAAAUCAGGGUACUACGAGGUCACCAGCUCCCCAUCACCUGUUUGGUCAUCACACCAGAUGAUAAAUACAUCUUCUCUGCAGCCAAAGACUGUUCAAUCAUCAAAUGGGAUAUUGAGAGUGGGAAGAAGGUGCAUGUGAUCCGCAGAGGAAAGAAGGGGUCAAAGGACAACCAUGUUGGCCACACAGCACACAUUCUCUCCAUGGCUGUCUCAUCGGAUGGUAAAUACCUGGCUACAGGAGAUAGGAACAAACUUAUUUUGAUCUGGGAAGCUGCAACCUGCAGCCACCUGUAUAAGUUCACAGGUCACCGUGAUGCCGUAUCGGGCCUGUCUUUCCGGAAGGGGACCCACCAGCUGUACAGCGCUUCACAUGAUCGUUCAGUCAAAGUGUGGAACGUGGCUGAAAAUGCUUACGUGGAAACUCUGUUUGGUCAUCAAGACAUGAUCACAGGGCUGGACAGCUUGAGUCGGGAGUGCUGUGUGACGUCAGGAGGGAGGGACGGCACUGUCAGAAUCUGGAAGAUCCCUGAGGAAGCCCAGCUGGUGUUUUAUGGGCACCAGGGCUCCAUUGACUGUAUUCAGCUGAUCAAUGAGGAGCAUAUGGUGUCUGGUGCGGACGAUGGGUCAGUAUGCCUCUGGGGUCUCUCAAAAAAGAAACCACUAACCACAGUGAAGAAAGCCCACAGUCUCCAUGGCACAGAGGGCCUGGAACAACCAUACUGGAUCUCUUCAGUUGCUGCUUUGCUGAACAGUGACCUUGUAGCCACAGGUUCGCACAGUGCCAGUGUGAAGUUGUGGAAGUGUGGAGAGGGAUUCCGGAGGCUGGAGCCACUCUUUGAGAUUCCCCUGGUUGGCUUUGUUAAUAGCUUGAAGUUCUCAAAUUCUGGAAACUUCCUAGUUGCUGGAAUUGGACAAGAACACAGAUUGGGUCGCUGGUGGAGGAUCAAAGAGGCCAAGAACAGCAUUUGCAUUAUUCCACUCAAGAAGACUACAGCAGGAAACUCACAGAUACCUGAUGAAGGCUCCUAAUAUUCUAUAACCUGUUUAUUAAAGCCAUAUUUUGUGUUUGUAAAA